AUGCACCCUUCGUUUGUCCUCCUCGCCUUGGGGUUGGGAUUCAGUGCCCGUGCCGUUACCAUUGAUAUGGAAGGGCUGCCAGAUACUGGACUUGAUACUUCAUCAUGGACGACGGGCGAGGCUCCUCCGAUUGCGAGCUUGGUUGAUAUCAACGAUAUGCAAAUCGCUGCCAAAAAUACACUCGCUCCUUCUGAUUACGCCUACUAUCGGGCGGCUGCUCUAGAUGAGAUUACUUAUCAAGCCAACAUGCUAGGGUGGUCGAAAUUGCGGCUUAACGGGUUCAGCUUCACAAAUGUUUCGAACGUGAACUUAAGGACUACCAUACUUGGCUACAACUUCUCCAUGCCCUUCUUCAUUGCACCCGUCGCGCAAGCGGGUCGAUCAAGUUCUGGUGCCGAAACCAACCUUGUCAAAGCUGCCGCUGCUGCUGGCAUUCUCUACGUACCCUCUAUUUCCAGUACCCAGUCAAUCCAGACCAUCGGCGCCGCCGCCGCUCUUGGCCAAGUCAUGUUCCACCAGGAAUACGUUUGGUCGGAUAAAGACAGGCUGCAGUCCGAGCUAGAUCAGAUCAAAGCUGCGAGUUUCAAGGCUAUCUUCCUCACAGUUGAUAAUACGGGGGUUAAUGGUGUCCGCGACCGCCAAAUGCGUUUCUCGGUCGGGGGCGAUACUGGCCACUCAGCAACAUUUACGAUUGCCUCUCUACAGCAACUUCAGGAGAUGACAACUCUACCAAUCGUGCCAAAAGGUAUCAAGACAGCACAUGACGUGAAACUAUGCGCAGAGCUCGGCUUCAAGGCCGUGUACAUCUCCAACCAUGGCGGCCGAGUUGUUGAUCUCGCACCCACGGCCGUUGAAAUUCUCCUCGAUGUCCACAAGAAUUACCCGGAAGUCUUUAGUCAACUUGAGAUCUACGCUGACGGUGGUGUCCGACGCGCUUCACACGUUUUGGCAUUGCUAGCGCUUGGUGCACGUGCAGUGGGUCUAGGCAGACCGGCCAUGUUCGCUAAUAUCUACGGCCAAUCCGGAGUGGCGAAGAUGAUCAACAUUCUUCGAACUGAGUUGACGACGGAGAUGCAGCUCAUGGGCGAAGCUGAUAUCAACAGGUAUCGGGGAAAUACCACGUUUGUCAACACUAAGCAAGUCGAGCUUGAAUACUUUGGCGCACCGCUUUAA